AUGAACGACAACGAACCGCUACGGCGUCUCAACGGGCGGCUCCAGGCAUGCGAUCAGUGUCGCGCGCGCAAAGUCGCCUGCGACCACGCUCGUCCAGUGUGCAACCGAUGCCUUAAGAGAAACAAGGCCAGCGAAUGCACCUACACAGUCGGCGCAGUGAUUCAGCCACGGCGGCGCGUACGGCGCCAGAGACCAGUAGUGAGGCCAUCGACUUCGAGGUCUCUGGACACAUCACCAGCGCACAGCCAUUCCAACGGACAUACAAAUGGGCACGUAAACGGACACGGAUCGCCCAAUGCUGGGUACAUGGGCUUCACCAGCCACACCACUGUGUUUGAGGCGACAAAGCGAAGUCUGAGCCUUCUUCAAGGCCAGGAAACGGACCCUCGGCUGUCAGUCUCUGGUGCCGACGAUCGCAUGACUCCCAGGCGCUCUUUCAACCAGCUCCCCCAUAUGGUGCGCCACAUGAGCAUCUAUGUUCUGGAGGCUCUUCCAGGGCAGUGUAACGAACAGAUUGUCUUCAACGAUGAAGAUAUCCCGGAUUGGGGCUCGACUCAAGCCGCACUGGCCCGUAUUACCAAAUCUCUCCAAGACUUGCUCAAACCGAGUUCGGACGGGGUUGGCCCUGACUUGGAAAGCAUCGCCGAGAUGAUAUGCAAUAACACCGCUCAGCCCUUUAGAGACAUGGACGAUCCGCAUCAGUGGAUGGAUCAGUUUUGUGGUAGCAAUCUCAGAUGGGAGUCAAUCGGGCUGAUAUGGGGAGGCUUGGAGCGUCUUGCGGAUACCAUGAACUCUUUUCGGCCCUGUCACGUUGCGUGGAUUCCUGGAAAGGGGUCCAAGGAACUUUCCAGAACGUAUAUAAAUUAUUGCAUUGAUUUGUCGCGGCAGUUUUGUGAUGGUAGCCCCGUGUUAUUGGAUCUUCACCGACGUCGAACCAUUUUGGUGUCUGUCCUCGACGGCGAUGCCGCUGGAUCCUGUUGGUACGCCCACGGCGCGGCUGUGUCCAUGUUAACCUUCAUGGGCCUACAUGCCCUGCAGAAGGAGGUUCCGUAUACGCCCACGUUAUCCUCCGAGUAUAACAGAAGGCUCGUUGCCCAGAUCUUCAACAACGACAAGUUUUGUGUCGCGUUCUCGGGGCGACCUCCACUGCUCAAUCGUCGAUACUGCACAACACCUCUACCCCUCGAUCUAAGAGAUGAAGAUCUGGUUGCAGAUGACUCAACGCUACAGAAGGCUGUGCAAGAGCUGGAUAAUCGCGGGUGGAACACAAAAGGCGAAAUCUAUCCAGUUACGCUUAUUCGAGCUCGCCGUAUGUUGGCGGCCGCUCUUGAGGAAGUAAUGGAGAUUGCCCUGGGUUGCCAAGUUUGUGUAACUCUUGAUGAGCUACGAAACAUGCAGGGCCAACAACUGGAAUUGCUUGCGGGAUUCCCCCCGUAUCUCAGAUAUGAUCCGCAAGACUUGACAAUGUUCUUCUUGGAAAGGUUACUACUACUAAAUGGCGGUUUGGAAGAAGGCAAUCUACUACUGUUUAGCUUCGAGAUGCUCACACUGACUCUCACCAUGUGGACGCACAAAGACCGUUUCGCAGCAAUGAGACGCAAUUUUGAAUGGCUUCUCAUGGCCCACGCCGCUCCCGCAGGCGGUAUUCUUUGUCUGGAACUUCUCAACCCGACAUUUACAGGCAAACACCCCAGGGAUUCACGAAUCUCACGAUCGAGUAUUAUACAGAAUCUCAGUCUCUUGGUAGGCUUUCUCGACUGGGUUCGUCCAUCCGCACCAAAUGGAGAUUUGUGCAUGGACUGCAAAGUCAUUAUACAGCGGGUGCUGGAUCAUACCUUGGAUGGUAGUGUAGAUGGCAAUAGUCCCCGGGCAGCUUUGGCAUACGACUUCCCCCAGCCUCUAGAUUUCAACUUUGACCUGUUAGAUACAUUUGACUGGCUGCAUACGGAAAUUUCAUAG